CUGUGGGGAACUCAGCCUUGGCCGCCCUCAUCCCUGGGCUGCAGUGUGGCAGGCCUGGGAAUGCACGAAGAACAGCCUGUGAGGAAGAUGUUGGGGUCAUGGGCAUUUUGGCAGGAUUAUCCCUUCUUGAUGCUGCUGGCUCUGUUGCCUGGUCUGUCUCCCUCAGCCCCCUGACCUGCUUCCCCUUCCUCCUCCUCAAACCCCACAGCAGCCCAGCCCUGAUGUGCUCCCAGCUGUGGAGUCAGCCCAGACCUCAAGUCUGUUGUUGCCCUGAUGGGCAGCAAAAGCCUGGGCCAAGUGUGCUGGGAAUUUUCUCCUUUUCUGACCAGGGCUGCAUCGUGAUCCGAUACACAGCCCCAUGGCACAUGGUCUUCUUCUCCGAGUCCCUGGGCAUCCCUUCACUUCGUGUUUUGGCCCAGAAGCUACUUGAGCUACUCUUUGAUUACGAGAUUGAGAAGGAGCCCCUGCUCUUCCAUGUCUUCAGCAAUGCUGGUGUCAUGCUGUACCGAUACGUGCUGGAGCUCCUGCAGACCCAUCGGCGCUUCUGCCACCUGCGUGUGGUGGGCACCAUCUUUGACAGCGGUCCUGGUGAUAGCAACCUGGUGGGGGCUCUGCGGGCCCUGGCAGCCAUCCUGGAGCACCGGCCUGCUGUGCUGCGCCUGCUGCUCCUGGUGGCCUUCGCCCUGGUGGCAAUCCUGUUCCAUGUCCUGCUUGCUCCACUCACUGCCCUCUUCCACACCCACUUCUAUGACAGGCUACUCAAUGCAGCCUCUCGCUGGCCUGAGCUCUACCUCUACUCGAGGGCCGACGAGGUGGUCCUGGCCAGGGAUGUGGAACGCAUGGUGGAGGCACGCCUGGCACACCGGGUCCUGGUGCGCUCUGUGGACUUUGUGUCAUCUGCACAUGUCAGCCACCUCCGCGACUACCCUGCUUACUACACAAGCCUCUGUGUCAACUUCAUGCGCAGCUGUGUCCACUGCUGAGCUCCUUCCCCACCCAACACCCACCCAACUUACCCCUACUCCAGAAAUAAAUGCCUGACACCUCCCCACAACCUAUAUCCACGAGUGGGGUCCUCUUCUGCUUCACCUCCCUUACAGCCCUCUGGGACUUUGUGGUCCCACAAAUAGAGAAUUCCCAUUGAAUUUUAGCAGCCUCUACCCCAGGGACUGUGGUGGUCUGUUUAUCCCAGGAUCCUGGUAGGUGGGAGUGCCUGGAUAGGUCUCUGUAGGAGUCUUGCAGCGGCUGUGUUUGGACAAGUGCAAGUGAGGCUGCUAAUUUCUGUGACAGUUAGGCUGUGUAGGGUUAACAAAGUGGGGAGGGUGGGAUUGCUGAUGAACCCCAGGGUUGAUCUUUAACUUCUUGAAGGGAAGGUGAGCUUUGUGGGAGGUGCCGGAAAGGAGGGUCAGGCUGGGGCAGGGGCUAUGAUUUCUGCCCCAAGGCCCCAGAAGGGCAAAGCCCUGCAGCAUGAAGCACCAUCCGCCUAGAUCCCACUUAAUAGUUCACCAAGAGAGGCUUCUCUGUGCUCACUGCCGGGGAGCCUGAGCCAGAUGGGGAGCUGAGGAUGCAGAGGUGGCAGGCCUGCCUGGGUCCGUCACAUUGCCAGGAAGCCACUGGUUCAGGAAAGCUGCAAGGUGUGUAACAGGCAGGUGGAGUGGGGAACAGGAAGACAGUAGCGCCAUACAGGAGCUGGGACAAACUCAGUAGCCCUGAAGAUCAGAACCAGGGCUGGGGGCCAUUUGACUAAAACAAUCAACUCCAUCUUCUUGAGAGAUGCACUUGGAUCAUCUCCAGGCAGGAGAGAGGGCUUCAGCCUUAGAGUUCUGUAUCAUCUCUUAUUCUAUAAGUCACUGCUGCACAAUGCUGGCAUGUAGUAGGUACUCAGUAAAUAUCUGUUGAUUGGAUGAGCUUGCUGUGGUAUUCAAGGGACUUGGUGGGGCAGGAAUGGGCUUUGAUAAUUUGACAGUGAAGGAGAUGGCUGGCCAAGUUCUGGGUGGCAGCUAACCCUUGAUAUUCUCAGGGCUGAUGGACUCUGUCUCAAGAGCUGAGCUCAAUCUGCAUCUGUCAGCCCUCUGGGACCUCUGGGACCUCUGGGACAGUUGCCACCAAUCCCGGUGCUGUGUGGUUGCAUUCCUAGCCAUGGCCAACAGGUGGCAGUGCUGCCUGGGCCAUGAGACCAAGCUUAAGGAUCCCGUGGCAGAGUGGGCUUCGUGCCCUCGUGCAGGGUUAACAUCCCCUAUUUGAGAGCAUAUGGCCCCUAGGGUGAGAGUAACCAGCCAUCAGGGACCUGCUGAGUCCAAGACAAGGAGAGGGGAGAGUUGAGACCUGAAAGCAGCCAGCCCGAUGUGAACUGGACAUUAUCCACCUCUCUUCCAAAAGCAGCCAUUACUGGGGCCGCCCUGCUUUGGCAGGACACCUACAUUCCCUGGAAUCUUGGGCCCCAGGUUUCUCCUAUUUAGGAUACUCGAUGCCAUCAAGCUGGGCAUGGGUCUUUGCAGGGCCUUCACCAGGCUCUAACCAAGAGGCAGGAGCUGCCAACUGGAUCCUAUUCUGUAGUAUAUGCAUUGCAGGCACCCAGAGAUCGGUGUCUAAGGUGGAGAAUUUGGAAAGGUGGACGACGGGCCUGGCGCGUGAGAAUGUGUAAAGGAAAGGACUCACCUGCAGUUGUGAGCACCUGCCAGAGCGCCCAGGAUGUGGAUUACUCACUGGCAGUGGGUAGCCUUGGGGAUGAUUUGAUAGAGUGCAAUCUCCGGUGCUAGCUGGCCAGCUUCAGUUCCCUGACAUGAAGGUCCACCUUGGAUAACUGGGGUUUCUACGGUAGCUAUUUGAGAAUCUAGGGAGUAGCUAUAGUGGGGUGUUGGUCACUAGAAAAAAGGUCGCAGAGACCAAGAUGCUUGUUCCAUUUGGUCCCUGGCUCAUUUCUGGGCAUUAGAAAGGUAUAGAGGCUUGAGGCUUGUCUUUACCCAAGCUUAUAGCUGCUACUGCUCUAGAUUGGGGGAUAGAGCUUGCAUCCCCUCUGUACCCCCAAGCUCUGACCUCUUCUGUGAUUAAUGAGCUGACGAUUCUGCAUCAAUAAGGAAUUAACCUGGAGCCCCUACCCAUCAAUAGUCAGGAGUCCAGGUCCCCAGCUCCACCCCCACCCCUGAUGGGAGUGCUUCAGGCCCCCCACCCCCAGUGGACCAACCCUGCACUGCUUCUGCUUCACAGGGACAUCCAAGUCCUCUUCCCCACACUGCUGCCAGGAAUUAACUCCUUAACUGCCUCUGUCCAUACCACCCCAUCACCUACCCCUUCCUGCACACAUACACACAGGCAGCAGCUGUUUAUAUUGGUUUAAUCCAUGUCAAAUGUAGUUUACAAAGGGAAAGGACAAGUACCUUUGUAUAGAAUAUACAGACACAGCAUCACACCGUGGGGCCCACGGGAGGGGCGGGGGAGACCACUUUCCCUGGGAACAGCAGUUCUAAUCCCAGGAAUGGUUCUUGGUAGAAGGCUGGGCAGCCAGGAGCAUACUCAUCCAGCCCCAAUCUCAGCCCCUGCUUCAGCUCGGUUCCCAUUUCCUGUGUCUCCCCUCUCCCCCAACUCCUUAUAAAGAGCCCCAGGAGCUAAGACUAAGGAGAGGAUCGUGUCCCUUGAGGCAUGUGCCCCAUGUCUGGGGGAAGAAAUAUACACCACUGAACACCGAGCACGUGGGAGAGGGAAGGGAUACCAUGGGAGAGAGAGGCAGGCACCCUGAGAGGUGGAUGGGCCGAGCCCCCAGCCAGCCCUGAAGGGGGCACUGCUUCCAGGUGUUCUUAAAAAAAGAAGAAAAUCAUACAACCAAAGGGGUGAGGGUGGAGUGGGGGGCAAGGGGUUGUCCCAUUUAUACACAACAUUGUAAACAUACACAGUCUAUAUUACAUGUGCUUCAGUCUGGUGUUUGCAUGUCUGUCUGUCCGUCUGUCAGUCCGGGGGCUGUAUCUCAGGAGCCUUGCCCAACUAUUCCCCCUCACUCCCACCUCCUUGCCCCACCUUGGGAACAAAACCCCAAACAGGUAUGGUCCUUAGUUUUGGUGGGAACCAGCAGGCAAGGCCUGGGUCUCAGCCUCCACUCUGGCUCCAGAGUCGUGUGUGUGUGUGUGUGUGUGUGUGUGUGUGUAUGUGUGUGUGUAUGUGUGUGUGUGUGCACGCACACGAAUGUGCACGUGUGUGUGCGCAUGUAUGUACAUGGGAAACCUGUGUGCAAAUAUGUACAAGGGGGAGGGUCACGUCACAGAGGCGGGCAGGUGGGGCUGCUCCAGGCAAGGCCUGCUGGGGGUGGCUAGCUCACAAGUAGAUUCUCCGCAGGUCUCCGGGCGCUGUGAUGGUGUUGCACUGAGGGCAGAGCUUCUUGGCACCCUGCAGGGAGAACAGGGAGGGCUCUGGUUAUGCACACUAUGCUGCAUACUUGCUCAUGAGAGCACCUGGGCCCACAGCCAUGUCCCCCUGCACCAGUUGUAUGCUGGCACCUUGGUCCUGUCAGCCCAGGCUGGGGAUGCAUGGGCAGCCUCUGCAAGCAGGCAGGCAUACUCCUGUGUUGGGGGGACUCCAGGAUCAAACCGCCUGGCCAGCCCCGCAGCGGGAGCCCCGGUAAUGAGAACAAGGCUGGGUCCAGCUGUGGCUGCCUCGGCCCUAACAAGAUUACAUGCGGCCUUUGAUCAGGACACAGAGCCCACGUCCGGGCCUUUUAUUGCUGUCUCCGGGCGACAUUUUAAUGGCUGCUCCUGAGCGAAGAACAGGGGCAGGAGCAGAAGGAGCUUAGUAAUGGCAGGGGGAGGGGCUGAGGCCCUAGUCCUGCUUAUCCACACCCAGCCUCCUCCUGACCUGGGAUCACACCAAUACGUGUGAUACAGUGGGCCUUGGGGGUGGGCAGAGCAGGCAGUGAACCCAUGGAGGGAGAGAAUUUAAUAAAGCUGGUGGUGGAGACAAGAAUGGGGGGAGUUUUGGGGGGGGUGAACAUCCUGGUUUCCCGCUGCUGUGUUUGAUGCUCGUGCUCUCCCCUGCCCUUGCACCUCCCUCCCCUCAAGCAGGCUCAAGCAUAAGCAUGGACAUGUGGGUAGCACCGGAAGUAGCCACCCACUCCCCAACCCCCAUGCCACCUCACCAGGGUCCGCAGCCAGCACUCCUCGCAGUGCACAUGCCAACACUGGAUGGACGUUAGGGGCAUCGAGUAUGAGUCCUAGGGAGGAGGUGGGCAGAGAAGGGGGGGGUCACUCUGAGGCUGGUCUACCCUCUAAAGAGCUCAGAUCACAGUGCAGAGGCCCUUUCCAACCCCCAGAGGGCACUGAAGCCUGACCAAAGGCAUCCCAGGUUCCCUUUCUCUCACCAUACAGAUGAGGCAUUUGUAACGGUCCCCACGGGAUAGCUGCCGUUCAAGUUCCCUGACCCGAGCCUUCAGGGCCUCAAACGUGGUCACAGCUGAAUCUUCGGUGAUUCUGUGAAGAGGACAGCAUGGUUGGGCAGGCAGCCGGCUGACAUCUCUAAUCUGAACCUCCAGCCCACACCGCCCUUAAAUUCUAGAACUGCAUAUAUAAAUGUCUCCCGGAUAUCCCCACCCCCCACCUGCCCAUAUUCUCUAUUUGUAAACUCCAUCUUCUGGAAUUGAACUCCUCAUCCUCCUUGUUCUUCCACCUCCAUCCUGGUCAAUUUCCAAACCAGAUACGUAGGAACCAUUCUCAAACCAUUGCUUCCCAGUCACCCUCGGCGCCCACAAUCUGUCAUCUAGCUCCUAGCAUCUGUAGUCUCUCCACCGCUACCACUAGUCCAGGCCCUCAUUUCUCCUACGAUCCCUCCACUGACCUGAAUGGCCCCUCUGCCUCCAGACUCCUCAUUCCAUUCUCCCAGCACCUAGAAUUUUGCAAAUUUGACUGUUUCUACUUCUAACAUCUCAAUGUUUCCCUCAGAAUAAAGCUCUACUAAACUCCUCAUAAACUGAGACCGGGGAUUCCUUGGUCUAGCCCCAGCCUGCAUCCUUCAGCACUGUGCCACACUUGAUGCUCUAUCCACACCAAACUAUAAAGCCUCUCCACACGCUCCACCAUUUUUCACUCCCUUGGCUUCCUGCGGCACUUUCUGCCUCCUCUGGGCCACCCUACCUCCUAACUCACCAGAAGCCUUUUCCAAUCCUCCUGACAGCACCACUGCUGGUGGCUGCUCUUCUGUACUCUCUAGCACCCUGCACCGGACUCCACCACAGCAACACAACUGCAAACGUCCUUGUCUCCUGUACGAGGCGUAGUUUUCCAAGGGCAAGCUGCCCAUGCCACCAAUACUGACUACGAACAUCAGCCCCCUGGCAGGCACGUGAGUAUGAGUAAAUGUUUGUUGACCGAAAAGCCAGUCUCACUCCUGGAACAGUCAGAGAUGUGGGGACUGCGUGAGUCCCACAGAAUCCAGUCCUGGGCCACAGGCCUGCCUACCUCAAGGGCUCCUUGUUGUUUCUUCCUGGGCAGGCACAUCAGAUGGCCUGAGAGUCCUCGCCUGCUGUUCAAGUCCUGCCCGUGAAGGUCCCCUGUAACUUCUUGAAGACUGGGCUGCAGUACUGAACUAGCUAGUGAAUAGCUAGGACUAUCCUGAGGACUGAUCCCUCCUACCCCUCCUAAAACAAGUGGACAGAACCCAGAGGAGCUCACCGAGGGAGAAGAAUGCUUCUUGGAGAAGACGCUACUAGAGAUGGGCGUUAGGGAAUAACAAUGGUGGUAAUGCAAAUAAAAGAGCCAACAUUUA